AUGACGACACUCAUCGCAUCAAAGGCACGCGUACUGCACUACACGCCGAUGUACUACCGCAGUGUGGGCUCAACUGCAAAGAAGGACAUAGCCAACGACCUAUUUACUAAGUCAAGUCCUACUAUAUACGUCACCAGGAUCCACAGAGUCCUCCGCCGCAAGGCGCAACAAACAAAUGCUGUGGCUGAACCGUCACAUGCCCUUCCGAUUGAAACUCGAGGUCAUCCAAGACAAUGGCGGCAACCCACGCGCGCAUUUUCCGACCUCACCUCUUCUGUCACUCGCCCACCACACUAG